AUGGCGUCGCUUGCGCCACUGCUGGCGCUUGGCGCUGGUGCCGACGCCCCCAGCGCCGCAGCGCAGCGCGCGCCGGCCGCCAGCGUCGCCUUUGAGAUCAAGAGCAGGGUGGUGAGCGUCACAGGCGUGCCGACGGAGGUCAUCUGCGCAACAAGCAGCGGGCACGAACCGCCACAGCUGCAGGUUGUCAUCUUCCCUGGCAACCCCGGCAGCUGCCGCUUCUACGUCGCUUUCAUGGAGGCGCUCUUCUCCGACUGCUUCGGGGGCCGCGCGGACGUGCUCGCUGUCAGCCACGCCGGGCACGAGCAGGGCAGCGCUGGCGACAGGGUGCGUGGCACGGCGGGGGGCGUGCGGUGCGUGCCGCCUGGCCGCCGUCGAGCCCCCCACUUGGCCUAA